AGUAAACUGGUCUAUAAGUACCAGGUUUUCCCUCGUCGUUUCACAGCUCAACUGUAUGGAUACUUCGAGUAGUAAAGAUUAUGAUAUAUCUAACCAGACAGUUAGUUGUUUUACUGAGUUGUGUGGCUUCAGGCACACUCUCUGAGACAACCACUGUCGUUGUUCCUGGUGAGAGUACCCCACGGGCCCUCAUUGGUAAUGGCUACAGCGACUCGCUGAGCCCAAUCUCCACAAGCCCUUACGCUCCUGGUGGAGCUACACUGGCAGGCCAUCUCUCCUACGACGAUCAUGCACCUGAUAGCCCACAAGUUCUGAAAGGCAAGACCAAUACCCAAGGAGCUGACUCACAGAGUCAAAGAGGACCAUCCAUCCAAGGCGAUAUCUUCAAUGCUGUCAACUACAACAGCAAACUGAGCACCAGAGAUAAUGAAGAUGGUGAAGCUGGCACGAAAAAAGGUGGUGAGAGUAACUCCGGUGGUGGAGAUAUUACCAGUGAGGACAAAACUUCCGACACCGACACAACAGCCUCUAAUCACAACAGCCAAGGUGACUCCAAGCAGAAUGGAGACACUAAUAAGGGUGUCAGUAUUGAGCAAGUGAAUCAGAAUAAAGUAAUUGGUUACGCAAAAUUGUCUGAUCUAGAUCAGGCUAAUGUUGCUGUUAGCACUGGUGGCUCCGCCAGCUCCAAGGAUGGUACCGGUGACGGUGACCAAUCCAAGGACAAGGCUAAUUCGAAGGAC